AUGGCUAGCAUUCUCCAGCGGCCAAAAUCCGAGACAACGGUGUUUCUAGACCAGCCCCCCAGCUGUCUCGAAUUUUGUCCAGAGAUCCGUGACCAUUUCCUAGUGGGCACUUACCUCCUCUCCGAAACAAAGAAUGAGAGUGGAGACAUCCAGCAAACCAAAACAGGCAGUUUGCAGCUUUGGAAGUUAGACCCGAGCACCAAUGCACUAUCCUUAGUACAUAGACUAGCUCUUCCCUAUGCAGUCUUUGAUCUCCACUUUCAUCCAAGGGAGAGGAACAAGUUUGCAAUUGUUAGCAGUACUGGGCAUGCAGCCCUGUUUAGUGUCUCUGGUGAUUCAGUACAACCAACCAUAAGUCAUAUCUGGACGAAGCAGGUCCACGAGGAUACCUCCAUCCCGGCUCUUUUUUUCGCAUGGGCCCCUCGGAGUUGGUUUCCUAAACCUGACUGUGAUGGAUUUGCUGUUACUUUCUCAGAUAGCCGAACAGCAGUCUUUGGGACAGAAGGGGAUAUCUCAGACGCGGACAGCGUUACAGAAUGGGGCUCCUUUGAAGCCUGCCAAAUGAUCGAGGUGUGGUUCGUUGCUCUGACUGUGAUCAAACAGCGUUCUAUUGAUGAAGGGGCAACCUCCGACCAUAUUAUACCUUACAUGUUUACUGGAAAUGACUUCGGAUCACUCCAUACGCGCCGCUUCGAAAACCACAGCGAACAGCCAGAUGAAGUGGACGAGCCACUGAAAUCACUGCUUCUCGAGCAUGAUGAUAGAUCUCGUCAUCACACUGCUGGUGUUACAGCCAUCCUCCCCCUCCCAGUCGAUAUGCUAGAUGAUGCACCGAUACUGUUGACAGGAAGUUAUGACGAGGGUUUACGGGUCUAUCAUGCUACGAGACGAGGCGAUGUGUUGGCCGAACAGGGUUUAGGUGGUGGUGUCUGGCGACUACAACUACUUUCGUCAACAGAAAGUCGCAAUCCCAAUGAUAAAGAUCGAGUUUUGGAGCGACAAUUCCUAGUGUUGGCAAGCUGUAUGCAUGCCGGAACAAGAAUUGUACGCGUUUCCCAAAGACAACAGGAUCAGGAUCCAGUAUGGGAUAUUGAGAUUCUGGCCGAAUUCACAGAACAUGAGAGUAUGAACUAUGCGAGUGAUGUUUGGAAGGGCGCGAGAUCGGAUCACUCGGAUUCGCUUCAAGCAUCUUCCGAGCUGCUUUGUGUGUCGAGUAGUUUCUAUGAUCGUCGACUUUGCGUGUGGCGAGCCAAGUCAUAG